GUGGUUGGGUAUAAACCAGGGGACAGUAGGGUUUCUGUUGUUGUGCUGUUCUGAAGCCGUCUCUCCUGGCAUCCCGCUCUCCUUUUAGCCAUUUUUUCUGGUUUUCCCUUUCCUUCCACUCAGGCUCCCAGCUGAGUUGGGAUUCUUCCUUGGCAAAAUCCUGUCAAGGUUGCUGCAUCCAUCCAUUUUUAGGGCGGAAGCAGAAACAGAAGCCAGAAAACCAUGCUGAGAGUUUUGGCGCUGGCAUCAGUCGUCCUCCUGGGAAUAGCCCCUGAGGCGUCCCAGGCCAUAUCCAUUUACACAGGGUGGGAGCGCCAUGCGUUGGUGGGCUCUGACAUCCGACUGUCCUGCAGCUUCUUCUCCUGGCGCUUUGUCUCUGACGACGUCUCCUUCAGCUGGAGUUACAGGCCGGAUGGCUCAAGGGAAUCCAUCUCGAUUGCCCACUAUGCCGGUGGUGAGCCCUACACUGACAACAAAGGCCCUUUCAAGGACAGAGUUGAGUUUGUGGGCAACCCGAAGAACCGUGAUGGCUCCAUCCUGCUUAAAAACCUGGAUCUUAGUGACAAUGGCACCUUCACCUGCGACGCCAAGAACCCCCCUGACAUCGUGGGCCGCCCCUCCAGCGUCAGACUGCUGGUCUUUGAGCAACUGCCCAUUCAAGCGGGUGUGAUCACAGGGGCCAUCAUUGGGGUGGUACUGGGCCUGCUGGUGCUUAUUGUGGUCAUCUACUACCUGAUGAGGUUCCUGGUGGCACGUCGGGUCUUCAGCCUUAGCGUCAGCAAACAUGGCAAGAAAAAGAAAGAGGGAUCACAGCAGAGACAGGGCCCCGCGCCUCCUGCAGACCCCUCCAAGGUGAAGGCAGCUGCUUCGGAAAAGAAGAAGCUAGAGUCUCGCAAGGAUAAGAAAUAGGAUACGGGGAGGGGCUGGGGCGGGCUGCUCCAGCCCAUUCGCCAGGUAAUGGCGGCGAAGGUCCAACCCAAACAAAAGCAGCAGCAGCACACCAUCAUUAAAGAAACAGAGAGGGUGGAGGGAGGUGGGGAAGAGGGCUCAGGUCGGGUCCUUAUGACCAUUGAGCUAGAGAUGACCCGGCAAAAUGGGGAGGAAGGUUCCAGCAGCGAAGGAGGGACUGGAAGGUCUGAGCCGCCCGGCCUCCUCUCCCGCCUCUCCAAACGACUCACCGAAUAACAAGCCUCCGCAUGGGGGUGAAGCCACAAACCUGCUUUACAUGCGGCACUGCCGGAGUCCCUGAAUAAAUCUGUUAAAUCAUAUCUGCUCUUGUCACAGAAUGUAUUCUCAACUACUGUACGAGGGCCCAGAUGUCACGAUAAUCGCUAACACCAAGCCUGCUCCCUGACUGCUUUUGUUAGGUCAUAAGAUAUGCCAUUUGAAGCAAGACCCUGAGACAGCCCGGGCCUGAUAACAAAAUCUAAAAAGGCUGCUCCCAGGGUUUUUGCCUCUCUGGUUCCUUUCAUUGUGAUCCAAUCCACUGAAAAAGCUUUUUCUCAAAGUACGUCCGAUACGCAUCACGAAUCCCUGGCUGCGGGGACAAGCCAAUUUGCUUCUUUUUUUUUCUUUUCUUUCCAGAAGCGAUGUGUCAAACUCCAGCUUUCUUUCCUCACACUGAUUUCUGAUCCUCCCCACUUUCCCAUCCCAUUUCUACCUCCUAUUCCUAUAAAUUUCUGUACUUUCUUGUUAAGUCAAAUUACAGAAAUGAUUGAAAUGCUAACUGCUCUGUCAUGUUCUUUCUCUUCCUCCCUCUCUUUUUCCUGCUCCUGUAGAUAAAGGUCUGACUUCUCCAUGACUGCCUCCACUCCUCUAGUCUGCUCCCUCUCUUUCUGCCCAGCCUGAUGCAACCCCCGUUAUUCCCCAUUAUCUGUUCUCUCUCAAGACAGCACUGGCUGUAAGAAUAGUCCCUCUAUAUCACUGUGCAACAGUGUCAAAUAAUUUUUACAAUGCCUCACUGGAGAGAGCCUUUGCGAUCACUGGGCUAACUGUAAAAGUCUUUAAGGCCUUACUAUGCACAUAAUCCAACAGACCGCCCCUCGUGUGUUUAGAAUAUUUCUUCUUCAGUUUAAAGUUUAUGACUCAAUCACGUCCACCGAGCAGAGAUGAAGGCGCACGCUGGACUUCAUGUAGAGGAAAAACGGAGAAGUGAUAGCGAGAGAGAAAUAUGUUUCCCGCUCUCAGCCAGCGAAGAUAGAGGUUCAAGCCCCGGAGCUCGGAGGUGAUUCAAUCCCCUCACAUUUGAGCUAAUGGAGGUUGUCGCUGUGUCCCUGCCCAGGCUGUAAGGGGGGCUAUUUCUGGCCCCUAUAAGAGAGCACAGGCUUACAGUAACAGCUGCACAUUUUUUCAGCCAUCGAGGGGGUAGAGGUGGUGGUGGAGGCAUUUUUUUUCUUUCUUCCUGUUUGUGCCUGAGAGAAGCGUCCAGUGACCGACGAACUGGAAUGACGUCAUGGCCUCCAACGGCCGCGGAUGCUCUCAGGUGACUGACAAACAGGAUUACCAGGAAGAGGUUAGGCUCCCGACUUAUUUUAGGUCCAGUUAAUCCACUCGCACGUUUCUCCUGGUCGACCUGCAGCUAAUUAUUUCCGUGUGUGCUGGUAAUAGGAUAUCUCUCACCGCAUCAACCCCCUCCCUUCUCUGCCAUCUCCGCUUCAUCUCUGCCCCCAUCUUGGGAAUCAUCUCCCCAGUUUUGCUGUCUCUGUCCUUAAAGUCUUUGGCUUCCGUUUAUCUCUUCCUCUUCCUGAUGUCCACUGAGUCUGCACUGCAUUAUUCCCCCACUGAAAAAGGUCUAUACACAAUCCAAUCUACUCUUUAAGCCUCUCCUUAUCUGACUGGCAGGCCUACAGCUCAAUGCUUCACUCUCCUCUGUCCUUCCUUCUCUUCAUCAUCUUUGUUACUCUCUUU